CUCAGCUAUAACAAUUCUUUCUUCUAUGUAUCUUUCUUUUCUGCAGCUCGUCACUUUCUCGGUUUAAAAGAUCGUGGACAUGUUCCUGGAAAAUUUAAUUAUGUAGUCAUGACAUUGGUCGGUAAAAGCUUACAGGAGCUUCGAAAUGAUGCGCCGAUGAAAAAGUUCUCAAUGGGUACGGCUAUCUCUGUGGGGAAACAAUGUCUGGAAGCACUCGAAGAUCUGCACAACGUUGGUAUUCUGCACCGAGAUAUCAAACCUGGCAAUUACACCAUUGGACGGAAAGAACUUAACGAACUUAGGAAGAUUUACAUGCUCGACUUUGGUAUGGCUCGCAAAUUUGUCAAGGAGGAUGGCACGUUAAGGAACCCCAGGGCUCGUGCUGGAUUCCGUGGAACCGUGAAAUACGCACCGCUGGCGUGUCAUGUGCAUCGAGAGCAGUGCAGAAAAGACGACAUUGAGAGCUGGAUGUACAUGCUUGUCGAGAUUACUUGUGGUCGACUACCUUGGAGAAAUUUAACGGAGUCAAAUGAUGUCGGCCUAUUCAAGAAAGAUUGCAAAGGUGAACGCUACCGAUGUUUGUUUGGCGGAUGUCCACGUGAAUAUCUGGAGAUAUUCCCAAUCCUUGACAAGGGCAAAUUUUUCGAUGCACCAGACUAUCCAGCUAUCUACAAAUUGCUCGAAUCAGCUCUUCACAGUACUCGUGCUCAGGAGUUCCCGUACGAUUGGGAGAUGUAA